AUGUCCGACAAUGAAGUUGCCAGUUCUCAAGCUCAAGCCAACGGCGGUAUGAGCCAGGCUGAUGUUGAUUUCCUCAUGUGUUGUCUUCGCAACACCACCGGCGGUUCUAUCCAGGUCGAUACUCAAAAAGUCGCCCAGCUAUUGAACUACAAAAAUCCUCGCUCGGUUUCGAACAAGGUCUCUUCCAUCAAGAAGAAGUUCGAUCUUCCUUUUGGUGCCUCUUCACGCACUGCUGAUGAGGUGGCUGGUGGCAAGGCCGGCAAAGGCGACCUCUCCCCAAAAAAAGCAUCGGAUGCUAAUGGCACCAACGAGCCUGCUGUCCCAACCACGCCUUCCAAGAAUCGCGUUACCAAGGCUAAGGCUACUCCCAAGCCUCGUGCCAAGAAGGUACCAGCAAAGAAGUCUGCCAAGAAAGUCGAGGAGUCUGACGAGGAGCUCUCUGAUGUCAAAGACGAGGAUAUGGAGGAUGUGAAGGAGGAAUCCAAGGAAGAAGAUGAUGAGUAA